AAAAUUCCCUAAGUUUCGGUAGCAUGCGAUUUUCUAACCUAAUCAGCUUCAGCUGGUGUCAGCUGGUGUUCGUAAGAGUCAAGUGUUGUUGACGGGUGUUUGAAUUUUUAAUUUUUUUCAAACGAUACGCAAGACUUAUUUCAAUUAUACGGACAAAGAAUCCUUUUAAAAGGUAGACCUGUUGCAAGAGAUCCAGAAGGAUAUGCCUCCUUCUCCAAAAAUGGAUAAUCUAAUGGAAGACGAGGAUAUGAUAUGCAUGGAUGAAGUAGAAGAAGUGAUAGAACUAGAUAAUUCAGGGGAUAUGGAUGAUGAAGAUGGAGCAGGAGAAGAUCCUCUGGUACAAGAAGACGCGAUUUGCGUGUUUAGAGGUCAUAAAAAAGGGGGUGUUUUCUGUGGAUCGUUGACUAAAAAUGGAGAAUUAGCUGCUACGGGAGGUGAAGAAGAUAAAGCUUAUAUUUGGGAUACAUCAACCGGGGAAAUUAUUCUCGAUUGUUCGCGUCAGUCGGAUAGUAUCAUCUUUUCAGAAUUUAGUCAAAAUCAAAAAUAUAUAGCUGUUGGAGAUAUGAGUGGAAGCAUACAAGUUUGGGAGGUAGCUGAAAAAAACCACUUCUGGUGUAACGACAUAGGUGAUGUGACGUGGAUGAAAUGGCACCCUGUUUCAAGUAUUUUACUUGCGGGAACUGUAGUUGGAGACAUAUACAUGUUCAAAAUACCAACUGAAUACGAAAAAUUUUUUCUUGGGUAUGGAUGUCGAGCAGAGACUGGCACAGUAUUUCCAGAUGGUAAACGUCUUGCGGUAGGUUACGAAGACGGCGUGAUUAGAAUAAUAGAUUUGAAAACGUCUGAAGAGAUAUCCAUUUCUUCUCCACUGGGUCAUUCUGCUACAAUAACUACUCUUGAUUGUCAUUCAGAUAAUAAUUUACUUAUUUCAUCGGACGUAAGCGGAAAGACUAUACUCAGUACAGCUAAAACAAGCAAGAUAAUUUGUGUUCUGCAAGAUCUGAAUAACGGUAAACGGAAUAGUAUUGCUAAUACUGACGAAGAUGCUGAGAGCAGCAAAGGAAAUAGUGAUAGCAAUUGGGUAGAAACAGCUGCUUUUUGUAAAAAUCCCACAUUUCAAGUAGCUGCAACUGGUACAGUCAAUGGAGAAAUCUUUAUCUGGGAUAUCUUAAAACAGGUACUCAGGCUAAAAAUAGAGCAAGAAAGCGGUAUAUCUAAAUUGCUAUGGAAAGGAAAUACGCAUGUCCUGUUUUCAGCAGGAUUAGAUGGUAUCCUUAGAUGUUUUGAUGCAAGAAAUGGUCAAUGCCUUCGAUCAUUUAAAGGACACACAGCAGAUAUUCUUGAUCUAUAUAUAUCCGAAAAUGGAGAAAAGGCAUUGACAACUUCCGAUGAUUCCACGGCAAGAAUUUUUGAUAUUUCCUCUAUAUCUUAACGUAAUUUAUUACAUAGAGAAAAAUAUAAAAUCUUUAUUAUUAUAUAAAAUAUAUGUACAUUUUAUGAAAGUUCUUCAUAUAUGUUGUACUUUGUUUUCUUUUUUAAUUAAAGGCAAAGUUUAAUUAUU